CCGCGUGUUUUUCACCCAUCGACGCCACCACCGGGGUUUAAAUCCUACACACACAAAAUGUCGAGCUACAGUCGCCAUCGACACGGAUCGCCCUCUCCCAAAUCUCGACCGAUCCGACAGAAAUUACAGUUUGCAUCCAGCGACGGAGAGGACGAGCCAAUCGAGGAUGUUAAUAACAGCACCGGGGGAGAGUCUGGCUUCACGGAGCUCGACUCUCCGGUGCCAGUGAGACGAGGAGGAGACGCCGCCGCAGAUAAGCGACUUGAAGGCAGCAGCAGCCCAAUGCACCACGAUGAGCUUUGGGACGAGGAAGGUUUUGGAUCUCCGUCUCAUCUACGGUCUCCGAGCUGCAGCGGGCUUUUUGCACAUUGCUCGCCGUCACCGAGGAAAGCUUCACGGUUAUAUUCACCGGAGAGAUCCUACGUGCAGGACGACGGAGAAGAAGGAUCCAGCUCCCCGAUCCCAGACUGCCCCGACACACCUCCGCACAAAACUUUCAGAAAACUCAGACUUUUUGACACACCGCACACACCAAAGAGUUUAUUGUCCAAAGCCAGGAGCUCCGGCCCAGGAUCUUCCAGCAGGAGAGUUGCCCUGUUCAAGAAUGUGGAGCCUUCAGCAAAGUCAAUCACAGACAGCAGCAGGAGACAGCAAACUCCCCUAGUCAACUUUAACCCCUUCACCCCCGACUCCCUCCUCAUCCAGUCGGCCACACAGCAGAGAAACAACAGGAAGAGGGCACACUGGAAUGACUCAUGUGGAGAAGACAUGGAGGCAAGUGACGGUGAGGGAGAGGAGGAAAUCCUGCCGCCCUCAAAGAGGAUCACCAUGAUGGAAAGCAACAUGAUGUCCCGGUACGUCUCAGAGUUCCUCGAGUUGGAGAAAAUCGGCUGCGGGGAGUUUGGUGCUGUUUUCAAGUGUGUGAAAAGAAUCGAUGGCUGCAUCUACGCCAUCAAGAGAUCAAAGAAACCUCUGGCGGGAUCAGUAGACGAGCAGAACGCCUUGCGGGAGGUGUAUGCCCACGCGGUGCUGGGCCAGCAUCCCCACGUGGUGCGCUACUACUCUGCCUGGGCGGAGGACGACCACAUGCUCAUCCAGAACGAGUACUGCAACGGUGGCACGCUAUCCGACGUCAUCGCCGAGAACUACAGACGCCUCAGUUACCUGUCGGAGCUGGAGCUCAAAGAUCUGCUGCUGCAAGUCACACGAGGCCUCAAGUACAUCCACUCUACCUCCCUGGUGCACAUGGACAUCAAGCCAAGCAACAUCUUUAUUUCACGUAAAUCCGUAGCCAGCUGUGGUGAAUGUGACGAGGACGAAGGUUUGACCACCAGUGUAAUUUAUAAAAUAGGUGAUCUCGGUCAUGUGACACGAGUGAACAAUCCACAGGUGGAGGAGGGUGACAGCAGAUAUUUGGCCAAUGAAGUUUUACAAGAGGACUACAGUAGCUUGAUGAAGGCCGAUAUCUUUGCUCUAGCUCUGACUGUGAUCAGCGCCUCGGGGGCCGAGCCUCUGCCCACCAACGGAGACAAAUGGCACGAAAUCCGGCAGGGAAAACUCCCCGCCAUUCCCCAAGUGCUUUCUCCAGAGUUUCUCAGUCUUCUAAAGCUGAUGAUUCACCCUGACCCAGCUAGAAGACCGUCAACCUCUGACCUCAUCAAACACCCGGUACUCUUAACUGCUGCCAGAAUGAGCGCAGACCAGUUGAGAGUCGAGCUCAACGCGGAAAAGUUCAAGAACGCUCUGCUCCAAAAGGAGCUGAAGAAGGCUCAGAUGGCACGAGCCGCAGCAGAGGAGAAGGUUUUAUCCACAGACAGGAUCCUGACCCGCUCCACAGUCCAGUCCAACCCCAGAACCUCCAGACUCAUCGGCAAGAAGAUGAACCGGUCGGUCAGCCUUACCAUCUACUGAGACUUUAACCCACCAUGACAGGAAGUGAAACACGU